AUGCAUCCCUCUGCGCGGAGCCCGGCCGCCGCCACCUCCAGCCCUGCCAUGCUGCUGCUGCUCCUGUGCCUGGGCUGGGUGCCGCCGGGCUGGGGCUGGUCGCGGGGCAGCUCCCGGGGGGCUGCUGGCUUGCCCCCCAACGCCACCACGCCGAUCUCCAUCAUGGGCUUGAUGCCGCUCAGCCAGUCCGAGGAGGACCAGAAGAGCAGGAUCGGCCGGGGGGUGCUGCCCGCCGUGCAGCUGGCCAUGGAUCAGAUCCGCAACGAGUCCCUGCUCAACCCCUAUUUCCUGGACCUGCGCCUCUACGACACGGAGUGUGACAAUGCAAAGGGACUCAAAGCCUUUUAUGAUGCAAUAAAAUAUGGACCUAAUCAUCUGAUGGUUUUUGGUGGUGUAUGUGCAACCGUUACCUCUAUCAUUGCUGAAUCUCUAAAAGGAUGGAACUUGGUUCAGCUUUCAUUUGCAGCAACAACCCCAGAGUUGGCUGACAAGAAAAAAUAUCCUUAUUUCUUCCGGACAGUGCCAUCUGAUAAUGCAGUGAAUCCAGCAAUUUUGAAGUUGCUCAAGUAUUACCAAUGGAAGAGAGUAGGAACUUUAACCCAGGAUGUACAAAGGUUCUCUGAGGUGAGGAAUGAUCUGACUGGUGUUCUGUAUGGUGAAGAUAUUGAGAUUUCAGAUACUGAGAGUUUCUCCAAUGACCCUUGCACAAGCGUAAAGAAGCUUAAGGGUAAUGACGUUCGGAUAAUCCUUGGCCAGUUUGAUGAGGAAAUGGCUGUGAAAGUUUUCUGCUGUGCUUACGUUGAAGAAAUGUAUGGCAGCAAGUAUCAGUGGAUUAUUCCAGGGUGGUAUGAAAAUCUUUGGUGGGAAUCCUGGAUUAAUUCUUCACAGUGUCUCAGCAAAAAUCUUCUUGCAGCCAUGGAAGGUUAUAUUGGAGUGGAUUUUGAGCCUCUCAGUUCAAAAAUGAAUAAGACCAUAUCAGGAAGGACUCCACAACAAUAUGAAAGGGAAUACAACGCAAAGCGUGGUGAUGGACAAUCCAGCAAAUUUCAUGGUUACGCCUAUGACGGAAUAUGGGUGAUUGCCAAGACCUUGCAGCGUGCAAUGAAGUAUCUCAAUGCCACCAACAAGCACCAAAAAAUUGAAGAUUUUAAUUAUACAAAUCACAAACUUGGCAAAAUUUUUCUGGAUGCUAUGAAUGAAACAAACUUUUUCGGAGUAACAGGUCAAGUUGUUUUCAGGAAUGGAGAGAGGAUGGGAACCAUCAAAUUUACGCAGUUCCAAGAAAGAAAGGAAGUGAAGGUGGGAGAGUACAAUGCUGUAGCUGACACUCUGGAAAUAAUCAACAACAGCAUCAGGUUCCAAGGACUUGAACCUCCAAAGGACAAAACAAUUAUACAGGAGGAGCUACGGAAGAUCUCUCUACCACUCUACAGCAUCCUUUCAGCCCUCACAAUCCUGGGAAUGAUAAUGGCCAGUGCUUUCCUGUUCUUUAACAUCAAAAACAGAAAUCAGAAAUUAAUAAAGAUGUCCAGUCCCUACAUGAACAACCUUAUUAUCCUUGGAGGAAUGCUUUCUUAUGCAUCUAUUUUUCUUUUUGGUCUUGAUGGAUCCUUUGUCUCUGAAAAGACAUUUGAAACACUCUGCACAGUCCGAACAUGGAUUCUUACAGUGGGAUAUACAACUGCAUUUGGUGCAAUGUUUGCAAAAACAUGGAGAGUUCAUGCCAUUUUCAAAAAUGUAAAAAUGAAGAAAAAGAUCAUUAAAGACCAGAAGUUAAUGGUGAUAGUUGGAGGGAUGCUACUCAUUGAUCUUUGCAUCUUGAUUUGCUGGCAGGUUGUGGAUCCUUUAAGAAGGACAGUGGAAAAGUAUAACAUGGAGCCGGACCCUGCAGGCAGAGACAUCUCCAUCCGACCCAUCUUGGAGCACUGCGAGAACACUCACAUGACAAUUUGGCUUGGGAUUGUCUACGCAUAUAAAGGGCUCCUGAUGUUAUUUGGUUGUUUCUUAGCCUGGGAAACACGAAAUGUCAGCAUUCCUGCUUUGAAUGACAGCAAAUACAUCGGAAUGAGCGUAUACAAUGUCGGGAUUAUGUGCAUUAUUGGUGCUGCUGUUUCAUUUCUUACUCGGGACCAACCCAACGUGCAGUUCUGCAUUGUUGCUUUAGUCAUAAUUUUCUGCAGUACCAUCACUCUCUGCCUUGUGUUUGUACCUAAGCUCAUCACAUUGCGGACAAAUCCCGAUGCAGCCACGCAGAACAGAAGAUUUCAGUUCACUCAAAAUCAAAAGAAAGAAGACUCAAAAACAUCGACGUCGGUCACCAGUGUCAAUCAGGCCAGCACCUCUCGACUAGAAGGACUGCAGUCAGAGAACCACCGCUUGAGAAUGAAAAUUACAGAGCUGGACAAAGACCUAGAAGAGGUCACAAUGCAGCUUCAGGACACACCUGAGAAAACAACGUACAUUAAGCAGAACCACUAUCAGGAUCUCAAUGACAUUCUCAGUAUACGGAACUUUACAGACAGCAAAGAUGGUGAGAAAGCAAUCUUGAAAAAUCAUCUUGAUCAAAAUCCACCAGCACAAUGGGGCACAUCAGACCCUUCCAGAACAAGCAAAGAUCCUAUAGAAGACAUCAACUCUCCAGAACACAUACAGCGUCGGCUGUCCUUGCAGCUGCCCAUCCUCCACCACGCCUACCUGCCCUCCAUAGGAGGAGUUGACGCGAGUUGUGCCAGCCCCUGCGUAAGCCCCAGCGCCAGCCCUCGGCACAGGCACGUGCCACCCUCCUUCCGAGUGAUGGUUUCUGGGCUGUAGGAAGGAGAGAUCAGUGCUUCCUGAACUGCUUUUAAGUACUCAAAGACUGGUCUAAACAUCUGACAUAGAACUCUGCUACAAGCACGUGACAUUGGCUCUGAGCACAGAGAAACUACUGCUGAGGCCACCGCCACAGGAGUGCCAGGGUAGCUCAUGUGGGAAGGCGAAGGAGGAGGACGCGAGGAGCUUGAUCUGUAGCCUUAUUCAUGGAGUUUUUAUUUCUUCACGUAGAAGUCACUGAAAACAUUUCUUCCCAAAUUUCUACUAGCAACAAGGAGGCUGGGAAAUACGAAUCUAGCAAAAAAGACUCUAGGAAAAACACUCAAAUGUCACUGAGCUUUACGUGGCUGCUGAGAACAUGCAAUUCUAUACUGUAUCCAUGUAAGGAAAAAUACAGUGAUUGAGCUAUAAUGUAUUUAUUGAAAUAGAUACACUCAUUUUUACAAGAGUUGUGUUAAAUUGCUGGAAACAUUCUGCACUGGUUAGUCUUGCUCGUUUUCAUUUCAGGGAUGAUGUUCUGUAGGAAAGAAGGAAUGUGAGAAAUGAUUCCUCGGGUGCCAUUGAGACUGCAGGGUCACCUCAAACUAACAACGGUACAGGAAGCCCGAGCAGGGGCUGAAGUUACAACAGGAGAGAGCUGCUGUUGGAAUCACAGUACUUUGCCCUUCUCCAGGGAUGGCAGCCACUGCUGGCCAUCGGCAGCUUCGGUUUAAUGAGGUCUCAGAGCAAGCACCACCAUCCAUAAUGUACUAAACUGCCUGGAAAAGUCCUCGGGCUGAGGACAGCUGGGUAGUAAAGUCUUAAUGUCACAGGAUGGAUUGUUUUUCAUAGUUUGUUUGAAU